AGCCCGUCUUCUCGCGAUAUCUGGAGGGAGGCGAGCGAUGGAGCACUGAGGCGCUCGUUCUCGCGGGAUUUACGGGCCCCGGAGAGCGUUGGCUGGUCGCUGAGGUGACGCCGCCGCGUCAGGCCCCACACAGCGCCCCCCGCUCCGGGCGGGCGAUGCCAGGCAGUCGGCCCACGUGCCGUGCCCUCCUCCCCGCCGAGAGCGGCGGGGCUGCCGGGUGCCUGCCCCUAGCCCGAUGGACGUCUCCGCCCCGCAGUCCCGCGCGGACGCCCGCAAAGACAGGUGGUGUCCAGGAGAAAGAUGUCUUGCUCCAUCUUUGGAUAACAAAAAGCUUUGUGAAGCAAGCAUAAAAUCUAUUACUGUGGAUGAAAAUGGGAAACCUUUUGCAGUUGUCCUGUAUCCAGACUUUCAAGAAAAGAAAAUACCUCUUCAAAGACUUCAAGAAGUAAAAUCAACUAAAGAUUACUCCAGAAGUCUUAUAUUUGAUGAUGAAGAUUUAGAAAAACCUUAUUUCCCAGAUCGAAAAAUUCCGUCAUUGGCUAGUGCUUUUCAGUUAUCUGAAGAUGGAGACUCAAUUCCUUAUACUAUUAAUAGGUACUUGCGAGAUUACCAAAGGGAGGGGACUCAGUUUCUCUACAGACACUACAUCGAGGGAAGAGGGUGUAUUCUUGGUGAUGACAUGGGACUUGGAAAAACAAUACAGGUUAUUUCAUUUCUGGCUGCAGUUUUGCAUAAAAAGGGAACUCGUGAAGAUAUUGAAAAUAAUAUGCCAGAGUUUUUACUAAAAAGUAUGAAAAAGGAGCCGCUUUCUACAGCCAAAAAGAUGUUCUUGAUAGUUGCUCCUCUUUCUGUCCUCUACAACUGGAAGGAUGAAUUGGAUACCUGGGGAUACUUCAGAGUUACUGUUUUACAUGGUAGCAAAAAAGACAAUGAGCUGCUUCGUUUAAAGCAGAGGAAAUGUGAAAUUGCUCUGACGACCUAUGAAACACUGCGCUUGUGUCUGGAGGAGCUUAACAGUUUGGAAUGGUCAGCUGUUAUUGUAGAUGAAGCUCAUAGAAUCAAGAAUCCAAAAGCCCGAGUUACAGAAGUUAUGAAGGCUGUGAAGUGUAAGGUCCGCAUUGGCCUCACUGGUACUAUCCUUCAGAACAACAUGAAGGAGCUGUGGUGUGUCAUGGACUGGGCUGUGCCAGGACUUUUAGGUAGCAGGAUUCACUUCAAGAGGCAAUUUUCUGACCCAGUGGAACAUGGCCAGAGACACACAGCAACAAAAAGAGAACUUGCUACUGGCCGAAAAGCCAUGCACAGGCUUGCAAAAAAGAUGUCUGGCUGGUUUCUCAGGCGUACCAAGACUCUUAUCAAGGGUCAGCUGCCUAAGAAAGAAGACCGGAUGGUGUAUUGUUCUUUGACAGACUUCCAGAAAGCUGUCUACCAAACAGUGUUAGAAACAGAAGACGUGGCUCUGAUCCUCACAUCCUCUCAGCCUUGUACCUGUGGCAGUGGCCAGAAGCGCAGAAAGUGUUGUUACAAGACCAACUCACGGGGUGACACAGUGAGAACCUUGUGCCUUAGUUACCUGACUGUGCUUCAGAAAGUAGCUAACCAUGUUGCACUGCUGCAGGCUGCUAGCACCUCCAAACAUCAGGAAACAAUUAUCAAGAGGAUAUGUGAUCAGGUAUUUUCCAGAUUCCCAGAUUUUGUGCAGAAAAGCAAAGAUGCAGCCUUUGAAACACUUUCUGACCCUAAAUAUAGUGGGAAAAUGAAGGUCCUCCAGCAGCUUUUGAAUCAUUUCAGGAAACAGAGAGAUAAGGUUCUUCUCUUCUCCUUUUCCACCAAGCUGCUGGAUGUGCUGCAGCAGUACUGUAUGGCCUCAGGCCUUGAUUACCGGCGACUUGAUGGAAGCACAAAGUCCGAGGAAAGGCUCAAGAUUGUGAAGGAGUUUAACAGUUCACAAGAUGUGAACAUUUGUCUUGUCUCCACAAUGGCUGGUGGACUAGGUCUCAAUUUUGUUGGUGCCAACGUUGUUAUAUUAUUUGAUCCAACUUGGAAUCCAGCCAAUGAUCUUCAAGCUGUUGACAGAGCGUAUAGGAUUGGACAAUGUAGAGACGUUAAAGUGCUUAGGCUAAUAUCCUUGGGGACAGUGGAGGAGAUCAUGUACUUACGACAGGUCUACAAGCAGCAACUUCACUGUGUGGUAGUUGGAAGUGAAAAUGCCAAGCGAUACUUUGAAGCAGUACAAGGAUCAAAAGAACAUCGAGGAGAGCUCUUUGGUGUCCACAACCUCUUCAAACUAAGGUCCCAAGGGUCAUGUCUUACGAGAGACAUCCUGGAGAGGGAAGGCCAAGUGGAAGCUGGCAUCAUGACAGCCACAACAUGGUUGAAAGGGGAACCUUCAGCACAAGAACUAGAAACACCUAGAGAUCCUGACUGUCAAGAACCCACAGAUGUUUGUGAGCUCUCCAGCGACAUCAGUGAUGAGGAGUCAGUGGGCCAUUCCCUGGGAAAGACUGAUAAGCACAAAGUCUCUGACACCAGUAGAGCUCCAGGCUCCUCAGCACAGCUCACUUUGCUACAGUGUGGAUUCUCUAAGUUGUUUGAGGCAAAGUGUAAGUCAGGCCAGGAUGGUGAUGGAAACCCUGUCUCCAGUGAUGAAAGUUCUGAUGAGCAGCCCAUGUGUCUUUCUGCAGAAGCCAGACAGGCUGCUUGUCAAAAGACUUGGGACUCUGUUUGUACUUCAGAACAUCAGAAGUCAGAUAACAUCCAAACUCCAGAUGAAAAAUGUGUUUCUGAUAAAAGUGGGAAGACUUUAGAACAGAAUGUUUCUUCUGAAUCUGAUGAUGAGACAAAGGAUCACCGUACAGCUGGGCAUCAUUGCAUGGGACAGGGUGACACAGAAUCAGAAGACAGUGAUGUCAUCUUUCCCACACAGUAUCCCACUCAGAGAAUCCCUGAGAACCAUAUACGCUUUAAGCUGCUGUUAGGUGAAUCUGAAGAUUCUGAAACUGAAAACCCUGUGAAAGUGAAUCAUGGUGAUGGCAGACAGAACAGUGGCAGAGGAAAUGGACCAGUUUCAAAUCUCUUGCGUCUUGAGAACACGACCUCAAAAUCUGUUAGGAAAAGAAAAGGUACAGAUGAUAUUAGCGAUGAGUCUGAUGACAUUGACAUGUUCCCCAAGUCAAGAAUAAGAAAGCAAAGAGCCACUACUUCCUUGAAAUUUAAGAGAAAAAAGGAAAACAAAAGGAAACUUGACAAUUUUCCUGUAACAGCAAAGGAAGCAAAUCAAGUGUGUGCAGCAGAUGGAGACUGUAGCUCUCAGGUUAUUGAGGAUUUUUCAUCCUCAGAUGACAAUUUAUCUGUCAGCCACUUGAGUUUCACUAAACUAAGUCACAGAGCAAAAACUGUAAAAGAUAAAAUCAGCUUGACCCCCAAGCUGCCUGGCCCGGAUAAGAAAAAUAACACUUUUAUAUCAAGAAAACCACCAAGCUUUCUAAAUGAAGAAGUUGUCAGUCAAGAGCAAAUAUGCAACUCAAUGGAUAAAAUAUUAGAUGGUGUUCAGGAAGUGGCAUAUAUCCACUCAAAUCAGAAUGUGAUUGGCUCAAGCAGAGCUGAGAACCACAUGAGCCGAUGGGCAACCCGUGAUGUGUUUGAGUUGAAACAGUUUUCCCAGCUCCCUGCUAAUGUAGCUGUUUGCAGUUCUAAGACAUACAAAAACAAGGUGAAGGCAAACAUAGUGUCACCUACAGAGAAAGAUCAACCACCAAGUGAUGGAGGCAUUUCCUCUCCUCUGUAUGUAUCCCACCCUGUAAUCCAGAAAAAGAAAGAUGUAUAUCGUACUAACCACACUACCUUCAUCAUUGGAGAAACACCAAGAGGAAUCCGCAGAAAGCAGUUUGAAGAAAUGGCCUCUUACUAUAAGCUGCCUGUAAAGGAGUUUGCUGAACACGUUACUAGGGCCACAUCUGAAGAGCGACAGAAAAUGCUCAGAGACUUCUAUAGUCUUCAGCACCCAGAGGUAAAAGAGUUCUUCAUGGAUUCUGCUUCAGAAUUGAUCAAAUCUGUCCACAAGAAAGAAGAGAGGGUGAGGAAUAAAUCUAAAGAAAAAGAAUCUCUUUUAAAAGAAAACCCCUCAAAUGAUAGUACUUUAUCAUGUUAUGAUUCCACCAACAAAAUGUCUCAAGUUUACAACCCAAAAAUAUGUGAAGGAAAAUCAGUCAGAUCUCAGAAUCAUGGUUUCCAUGGAGAAGACACAUUUUCUAGUGAUGCAGAGAUUAAGAAAUCACCUGUCAGCUUUACUGAGGAGAUUCACAGUGAGAGAAAGAACCACACACCCAAGGAUGCCAUAACAGUCUUCUGUCCAGACAGCAACUCUGAAGCCCAGGAGACAGAGCUGGAAGAUCCCCCAGGGCAUCAGGGGGACCUCACAGGGGCAUGCAGGUCAAGAGACAGACCACUUUUCAGGUUAAGAAACACAAGGGCAGAAAACCCAGGGUCAGAAAACACUCCUGUGGAUGGCUUACUUGGUGACACCUCUAUUCUUAACGACCUCUUUAAAAGCCACAAGGAAGGUCCCACACGGCUGCCAAAGAAUGUUCUUUCAGGACCUAUGGCAAAAGCAAAGCAGAAACCAAAAGAUUUCUGGGACAUCUUGAAUGAGCAGAAUGAUGACAGUCUCAGCAAACUCACUGACUUGGCAGUGAUAGAGACGCUGUGUACCAAAGCACCCCGCACCACAGCCUCCAAGAGGAAAGAUGAGCUGGAAGCUUCCCUUUGGAAAGCAAAUGAGAAGUUUUUGUGGAAGACUUUUAGCUCAGAUGUUGACGAUGAAAGCAUAAGUAAUAGAGAGAGAGAGUAGGACGUGGAUGUGCCACUAGCUGAGAUACUGAUGAGCUCCUGGCCCUGGCUAUGGAUGUGCGUGUACGGGGCACACUGAACAUUUGUUUACAAACGUGUAUUAAAUUAUUGCUUUGGUAUAAUCUAAACAGCCUAGCAUAUUAUCAUGGGUUCUUUCCCUAAUAUCUGUUUUAAUCAUUAAUGCUCAUGUAUGUAGUUUAUGUAGUCCUGGAGGUCAAACCCAGGACUUUAUGCAUACCAGCACAUACUCUGGGCAACUGAGCAACUCCUGCCCCAGAUUUGGUCUUCAGAACAAAUGUAAUUGUAUCAUGUUGUAACUUAUCAUAAUACAACCAUUAUUACCUGGCCAUCUUCCCUCCUGUGUGACUCCAUGGCCUUACAUGAGUGACUUGCCCAUUCAUUAUCUGAAAGGUCUUCCACUUUUAAACUCCAGAAUGCCCCGAAGUCAAGUGGCAGCCACUGCCCUCUCCUCACUGGCAUUGGGAACUUACUGUUUUCCUUCUUCCUUGGAAUGAUGUUCUAUUACUAUUAAAUUAUUUUAGAUAAAAGUUACAAUGAGGACUCAUAAUUAGGACUUAAUGUAUGAUAUUAUGUUAAAAUGCUAAUUUUUAUAACCACUCAGAAUUUGUGUGCUGUGGUGCUAAAGAAAUGGGAUUUUUAUCUUUGGCCAGGAUGCCGAUGCCUUAACUUUUCACAUUACUAUGAUUUAGUAAAUAUAAAUAAAGAUUUAUAGCCUUUGUAUUUCUUAAGUAAAUUGAAA